GAUAUUAUUUUAUUCUUGUUUAACAUUUAGUAAACAACAAAGAUAAAAUAUCUGGGUGCACUCGAACGUUCAUUCUGAAUGCACUCCACUGCAAUCCAUUAGCAGAAUUCCUCUCUGCUAUUACAAUCCAUUAUCAACAUUACUAAAAAAAAAAUUUACAGUUGGCAUUGUUGGCAAUGCUGUAACAGAAUUGUGCGACACAUAACCUUAAAAUGAGAAAUGGCAGCCGCUGGAAGACGUAUGGAAAAUGAGAAAAAUCAACCGGUCUUUUGCGAGCUGUCGGCUAGUGAUCUGGAGCCGGAGAUUACGGAAAUCGAGAGUCUAUGCGUGGAGUGCGGCAAGAACGGGAUUACCCGACUGUUGUUGACGAAAAUUCCACACUACAAGGAUAUAGUGCUUAUAUCCUUUGAGUGCGAACACUGUGGUUAUCAAAAUAACGAAAUACAAAGCGGUGGAAAGAUAGCGGAAAAGGGGAUCAAAAUAACAUUGCAAGUGGCAACGUUGCAAGAUCUGAAUCGCCAAAUAGUUAAAUCCGAUUACACCAGUAUUCACAUACCCCACUUGGAUUUUGAAAUUCCUUCGCAGUCUCAAAAAGGAGAAGUUACGACUGUGGAAGGAAUAAUCGACAGAAGCAUUAGAGCAUUGGAACAAGAUCAGUCCAGGCGUCGGGAAGAAUUUCCAGAUACUGCAAUUGAGAUAGACCUAUUUAUCAGCAAAUUACAUGCACUGAAGAUAUUAGAAGAACCAUUUACUAUUAUCUUUCAAGAUAUUUCAGGAAACAGUCAUGUGGAGAAUCCAAAAGCACCUAUCAAAGAUAGUCAGUGUACUAUAACAUAUUUCAAAAGGACGGAAGAACAGAAUCAUAUGUUAGGGAUUUAUUCUGACAAUGAAGAUGUCUUACUCAAACCAAUACGAGAAGGAGAGUAUCCUUUGGAACAAAUUGAGGGUGAAGUACUAUCCUUUCCUACUAAUUGUCCAGACUGCAACAGUCCUUGUGAGACGAACAUGAAAUUGACAAACAUACCACACUUCAAAGAGGUUGUUAUAAUGGCGACAUUAUGCGAGUCUUGUGGUCACAGAACUAAUGAGGUGAAGAGCGGCGGUGGGAUUGAACCUCAAGGAGUUAGAAUCGAAGUGACAGUAACAGGUAGAGAAGACUUCAGUCGUGAUCUACUAAAAUCAGAAACCUGUGACAUGGAGAUACCCGAGUUAGAAUUGGAAGUUGGUCCAACCAUUUUGGGCGGCCGAUUCACGACCGUCGAAGGAAUCAUAAUGGCAAUGAAAGAACAGUUGUCUUCUUCCACAGCUUUUACCGGAGAUAGUACUGAUUCCGAAACCGUGAAUAGGAUGAACACAUUUAUUGCACAGUUGGAAGACGUUUUAGAUGGUCAGAGAAAAGUGACUUUGAUUUUAGAUGAUCCAGCUGGGAAUAGCUAUGUGCAAAGUCUAUCCGACAAUGGACCUGAUGAUAAAUUAAAAAUUACGAAGUAUGAAAGAAAUUUUGAGCAAAAUGAAGAGCUCGGUCUUAAUGAUAUAAAAGUCGAAAAUUAUUAGAUGUCUCUACCAAAAUAAAAAAACAAAUAUUGCUGCAGUACAAAUGUCAUCAUAUGUAAGAAUAGCUAAAUAACAAAAUAUUCUAGAUCAUUGUUUUUGUAACAAUUGUAUUAUUGAAAUAACGAAUCAUUUUUUGUAACAAUUGUAUUGUUGAAAUAGCUAGUAUCUUGUAAAUAUAAAUUUUAUAUUAAUUUUGACGCACAAA